AUGGCCCAGUGGCUGUCGCCCUUUGAGCGGUCCAGCCCGCCCGUUUCCGGCCCUGAAGGGCAGCGCUCCUUUGUCAACCCCCAGCACAAAGGCAGCCGGGCAGGCCGUCGUGGCAAGACAAUUGUCCCAAACAACGUCGAAAAACUUUGCACGAAAUUCGACAUCGCGACCCCAAUCGACAUCGCCCGAGCAGAAGCCGAGUAUUCAGAACCCCAAGUGCUGGGGGUGAGGGACAUGGACACCAGAGCAGAGGCGCCAAAGUUGUCGGACCUGAACCUACACUGGGGCGGCGGCAACAGCCGUGUCGGCAUCGCCGUCGCGACCGUGAUCACGGUCCUCGUGAUCGCGGCCAUCGUGGCCGGCCUGGCGGCUUGGGCUUGCAGGAGGGAUACUCGGCGGAAGAGUGUUCAUGUCGAGCAUGUGCACGACCUUUGA